AUGCCCGGUUGGAUUAUCCUUGGGGUGACUGUUUCAUUUGUCGUGUAUCUAUUGGCUCUUCAUAGACGUCUCACUACUCCCAACCCAUCUGCGCUUACUUAUAGGGGUCCGCCUAUUUCUAGUGAUGACUUGGUCAAAGUGACUCUCCCCACGCCCCAUGACAUUGCUGAAGCGAUAAAAGCGCAUGGCCCUGUGACUGGAAAGGCAUACGUCGUAGUUGGGGGCUCAGGCCUUGUCGGCCAAUACAUAGUACGAACACUACUGGCGCGCGGCGAAACUCUGGUCCGCAUCAUCGAUGUUGUUGAGCCGAAGGUGGCCGGCAAUUCGGAUGCCAAUGCGGUGGAUAGUCUAUCUCGUGCCGAGUUUAUUCAAGCAGACGUGACCGACUACCAGUCAAUCGCAGAUGCCAUAUCUCGACCUUUCGGGAACACCGGACGAACGGCGGAGGCGGUGAUACAUACGGUAGCAUUAAUCAGAAAUUUUGAGCGCCUGGAAUAUCUUAAAGAUCUUAGCUAUCAAGUAAACGUCGAAGGGACAAAGAACGUCCUUAGAGCGUCGCAAGACCUUGGAACUGUUGGUUCAUUUGUGUACACGUCUAGUGCUGGGAUAUUUGCUCCUCCCUCAAAUUUCUUACGGCUCGGAGUUCUCGGCUCUCGAGGAAGAGCUGUGUUCGGGGAUGAUGCGCCGGAGGACAGUCCGAAGACCAAAAACCACUAUACCAAUACAAAGUUUGAGGCCGAAAAAAUAGUCCGCGCUUCAGAUGGUGUCAAGAACAUUCGUACAGGUGUUUUAAGGCCCGGAAUGGCUAUAAUGGGGCCCGAGUCUAUAUUUAUUUCUAUGAUCCUUAAAAACACCGGAGUCAACCCUACUUGGGGAGGAAAACAUAUGAACAGCAUGGUAAACGCAUGGGAUGUUGGUCGCGCUCACGUCCAAUUAUCGGAUGCUCUCUUCGAGCGCCCAGAAGACGUUGCCGGACAAUCAUUUGCAAUAACAGGUGAAGCGGCCAUUUAUCCUCUUUCUGAGGUUUUGAAAAUGAUGCAGUUUUAUAGCCAACACGAUCUAAAGUUCCAGCCAAUUUCGGAGCUAAUGAUGUAUUUUCUCUCGUUCUUUGUUGAGGCAAUCCUACUAGGUCGAUACCUCGUUCUCAAAAUGGUGACUAAUAUCACUGGAGGCCAAUUAGCACCAGUGCCUAAAUGGGCUGUGGAAACCAAACUACAAUAUAUUCAACCGGCGAUGUGGGAUCUUAGUCUCAUGGAUAUAAUCAUUGAUGAUAGUCGUGCUCGCAAGAUUCUUGGGCAUUAUUGGACGACAGAGCAAACAGUCAGAUGGGUUGUGGAAGUGGCAGAGGGGCGCUAUCCCUGGUAG